AUGUCUCAAUUAAAGCUUUCCUCUCCUACCGAAUCUUUUUCAAGCAACAAAAUAAAUAAUUUACAAAAUGUUCAGGAUUCUAGUGAAAUCAUUAAUGGUGGCGGCGGCGAUCACUUGGUAGAUGAAAUAAAAGCAACAUGUGAAUUACAAUGGUCAAAUUUGGUACAUGCUGAAAUUAUAUCUGUUACAAGUGCAAUGAGAAAAAAUUCUCGAUGGUCUGGUAUGAACGUAACUGGUUUAAAUAUGGGUGGAUUGGGUAUAAACAUGGGUUUAAGAAGAGUUUACGUUGCUGAGAUAGGUUAUAGAAAUCAAGAAAGUCCAUUGCUGAUUGGUUUUUCAAACCUUAGAUCUCAUUUAUCAACUAUUUCAGGAUUAAAUGAGAUUGAUGCAGUGGUAUUACUAGAGCCUUUUUUGGAAGUUAUCAAAUCUGGAGAUACGAAUGGUCCUAUAACUGCAACAGCACUUGGAAGUGUGGAGAAAUUUUUGACAUAUGGAAUUUUAAAUAUGAAUUCACCAAAUCUGCCUCAAGCAAUGUCGAUGCUAUCAUCUGCUGCAACUCAUUGUAAAUUUGAAGGAAGUGAUUCUGUAUCAGAUGAAUUUGUGCUCUUGAAAAUUUUACAGGUGCUAAGAUUAUCUUUAACUUCUGAAGUUGGUCGAGUCCUUAGCGACGAGGCUCUUUGUGUUAUGAUGGAGACUGGUUUAAGCAUGUGUUGCCAAAUGAGACUUAGUGAAAUGCUGCGUAGAUCAGCAGAACAUACAAUGAUUGUAAUGGUUCAAAAUAUACUCAAAUCUUUGGAGGAAAAACCAUCGUCAUUAUUUUCUCGUGAAAAUGGUGACGGUGAAAAUGACUCUUCUCAAGAUUUACAAGUUCGCAUGGCACCACCAGAUCCAAAAUCACCUCAUCUUCCUUUAUCCAUGGAAAACAUCACUGAUCCAUUCAAUAAUAUUAGCAAUAAUAACACAAAUACUAUUUCAAUUUCUAAUAAUGAUGAUUUGGUAAAGUUAGAUAGAAAAGGAGAAGAGGUGGUAGAAGAUGACGAGGUGGAAUCAAAUUAUGAAAUUUUGACAACUCAAGAAGGGAGAUUAUCAACCGACCCUAAACCAUUUGGAGUACCUUCAAUACGUGAAUUACUUCGUGUUCUCAUAUCAUUACUCAAUCCUCACGAUCAUCAACACACUGAUACUAUGCGACUCAUGGCUCUUGGUAUUUUGAAUGUGGCAUUUGAAGUUGGUGGUCGGACGAUAGGUCGAUUUGAAGUUUUACGUAAUCUUGCUGUCGAUGAAUUGUGCAAAUAUCUUUUCCAAUUGGCACGUACAGACAACAUGAUAUUGUUAUCAUUAACAAUUCGUGUUAUCUCAACAGUUUUCGGCACACUUCGUCCAUAUCUUAAAUUACAACAAGAACUUUAUCUAUCAUUUUUAAUUGAAAGGUUAACACCACCAUCGUACAGUCUAAGAUCUCUUGCAUUAAAUGAGGCAUUUUCUAGUACUAACACCGAUAAUUCUCUGCAACUUGAUCCUGGCAUUCCAAUAUCACCAAAUCGUGAGCAACGUAAUUUUAAAAUGAGUGAUGUUUCAUAUGCUACUGGUGAAAUCCGUGAAUUAUUGUUAGAAUCAUUGGGACAAUUUGCUAGAGAGUCUUCUUUCAUGGUUGAUUUGUGGGUUAAUUAUGAUUGUAAUGUUGAUUGUGGCGAUUUGUUUGAGGAGGUUAUUAAAUUCUUAAGUAAGAAUUCUUUCCCCGACUCCAUUGGAUAUUCUGUGAGCAAUUCACAUACAAUAUGUUUUGAUGCACUUUUAAUGUUUGUAAAUCAUAUGAUAGAUCGGUUACAG